UGACCAAAGGUAACACUAGACUGCUGCUGUUUCUAUGGAAAUGCCACUUAGUCUAGGGCAGCCGGCCACGGGCCGGUUCAGGCGCUUUUCCUCGACUGCGUUGAGCCCUUCUCUGUCAACAACACGUCGAGAUUCCUUCUUCCUCUGUUCCUCCUUUUCACCUUCUUCUUCUUCUACCCUCAUCCUCCAAACACAUACCGUCUCUCUAAGUAUUCCUUGUCUUGAACACUCCCCUUGACCAUCCAAACCUUUCCACACGUCCAUACCACCUGCUGCAGAGGACCGACACCAUGUUCUCGGUUCUCUUCCUCUAUUUGCAGCUUUUGCUGUUCAAAAUGUUGUACUACGUUAGAGGCCAUGACAAGAACCUCAUCACCAAGUCCGCCGCUUUUGCUCACUUGCCUGUGCCAAAUAUGAAGCUAGAGGCUCCUGAGUGCGGGCUGCCCGGAUGUAGCCUCCUCGACCAUCACACCUACCUUGACGUUGAGACGGGAGGCAGACUUCCCAACCUCCGAUGGACUAUGCCUCGCUGCGGAGAAGCCAGAGAGUUUGUACUGAUUUGCGAAGAUCCCGACGUCCCCAUCCCGUCCAUGGUCUUCGUUCACGGUCUUUUCUUCGAGAUUCCACCCACUUGCUUCGUUGCCUACGAUGAUGACGUUGACAUGAAUCCCAACAUGCCUGGCCGCAUCACCUUGGCUGGUUGGAGAUACGUUCCUAACCUUCUUGGGUCGUCUUACAUCGGUGCCUCGCCCCCCUACGGCCACGGUUAUCAUCGCUACAUUUUCACCAUCGUCGCGCUGAGCGAGCCCCUUGACAUUGCCCAGCCAGACAAGGCCACCGUCUCAGUCAUUAAGGAGGCCAUGGCUGGCAAAGUCAUCGGAUGGGGUGAAUGGUUAGGCACCUAUCAGCGCACUAUGCCUCGCUAACUUGCGUAUCUGCUCCUUCGCCAAGUCUUCUCGGUUCAUCUCUUUAUGCGAGUACCUACUUUCAACACGUCUUUGGUUUACGUCUAGGAAGGAUUACAGACAGCUCGUUGGGAUGACAUCUGGACAGAAUGUGGUGGAUUGAUUGACCUUCCUUAGACUGGUCUUCUUUGGAGUGGUCUUCUUUGAACUGGUCUUCUCGUGACUGGUCUCCGUCUGUUUUCCCUUUUCAAUUCUGUUGUCGACUUGACUUUUCUCGCGACUCGUCAUCGUGUUGUUUUUUCUUUGCCGUUUAUGUUCUCGACUCAAUAUUUCUCAUGACUGAUCACUCGUGUGUUGUUUUACAUCAUAUGCUGCUGGCCUUAGUACCAGUCUAAUCAUUGAUUGAGCUAACGCGUCGGAACCCAAUCUAAUUUAUUAACUUGCUUGAUCUCACAUAGUAUAUAGGAUACACCUCGUCCUCGC